GAUUUCCAGCAUCCUACUCAUUAUCACAACUAUUACCAACGUGACGGAAUACGAAACGCAUCCAUUAUUCCACCGAUAUUCGGGCGCCAUUGUAUCAACGCCAUUCAGAACCAAUUGAGACAUCAUCAAAAAGAGGCUUUUCUCAGCCUUCCCGUCGCCCUCAAAGGGUAGCUGCGAUUAUGACCACCGCUGCACCAUCUCGCGGCCUUCAGCCCAAUGCUUCUCUCCCUGCGAAGGUCACCCCGAUACCUCCCAACCAAACUCUCUAUGUCACCAACCUCCCAUCAGCCAAGAUCCAGAAAAGCGACCUAAGGACAGCGCUGUACAUGCUGUUUUCCGCCCAUGGGCCGGUUCUCGACAUUGUGGCGAUGAAGACCAUGAAGAUGCGCGGCCAGGCGCACGUUACAUUCCGGGACGUGCAAACAGCCACGCAAGCAAUGAGGACACUGGAGGGCUUCGAAUUCCUCGGUCGUCCGUUGAAAAUCCAGUACGCCAAGUCCAAGUCCGAUUACAUCGCGAAGCUAGACGGAUCGUACAAGAUGCCGAACACCGGUGCGACCAGCGUUGAAGUCACACAACUCCAACAGAGUAUCUUCAACGUACCCGCGCCUGGGACCGCGAAACCAGCGGCGGGUGCGGACCUUGAAAUGAAAGAUGCCAAUUCGCCGGAGGGUCGUGGCCAAAAGAGGCCGAGAGACGAAGAGGAGGAGGACAGCGACGUGGCGAUGGAGGAGGACAGCGACGAAGAUUGAUCGUCCAGGUUAUAGGGACCCGGCCAAACUUUUCAACUCCUAACCCAGGGCCAUCUCCUUGGGCACCCAGAGGCCCACGCACCCGCCUACCAAGCCCAGCCAGCCCAUCAGGUAAUUCUCCUUGGUGCAGUCGAAACCGGCCAUCGCAUCACCGAGGAGGCAAGGAUGGAUGAAGAACGAGGGGAC